GGCGGAAAUGCUCCUGCGACUCGCAGGUGCCCUGUGGAGGCUGUUGAGGGGCUCGGCGCCUGCGGGUGCCCACCACCCCACCCACUCCCGGCCUAGAAAUUUCCCUUCCACCCAUCUCCUUGAGUGGAGUGUCGGGCCCCAAGCCAGCGGACUGGGAGGUCCGCGCUCCCCUCCUGCUGCUUGGUCUGUUUGCUGGUUGCCCCGACAACAACCACUUCCGGCAACUGUGCUGGGCGAAUCCGGCUCGGCGGGUAGGCUCAGGCACCCGCGGUCCUCCAGGACUGUGUAGAGGGUUGCUCAGCAGCACCUGCUUCCUGUAGUGGAGAACUAGAUCUCCGCGCACCGUAGCUUCCCCAGCCCCGGAGUCCGACCUGGAGUCGUGGCCCCUCAAACUUUGUUUCCUGUUUCUCCGGGCAACAGCCACUUCCGGGAGCGAGUUUGGUUCCCCCCGCACAGCGGAGGCCGGAGCUCUGGGUUCCGGCCUAACUGCCAGCAGCAGUUAGUCGGUCGACGCGGUUCGCCUGGCGGGUGACCGCGGCCCGCUCCUCCCCCGGCCUUCUCGCCGUCUCGGCGGGGCCUCCGGGGCCACCAUGGUUCUGCUGCACGUGAAACGGGGCGACGAGAGCCAGUUCUUGCUGCAGGCACCAGGGAGCACGGAGCUGGAGGAGCUUACCGUGCAGGUGGCCCAGGUUUACAACGCGCGGCUCAAGGUGCAGCGCAUCUGCUCAGAAAUGGAAGAAUUAGCAGAACAUGGAAUAUUUCUCCCUCCUAAUAUGCAAGGACUGACUGAUGACCAGAUUGAAGAAUUGAAAUUAAAGGAUGAAUGGGGCGAAAGGUGUGUACCCAGUGGAGGUUCCGUAUUUAAAAAGGAUGAUAUUGGACGAAGGAAUGGGCAAGCUCCAAAUGAAAAAAUGAAGCAAGUUUUAAAGAAGACUAUUGAAGAAGCCAAAGCAAUAAUCUCUAAGAAACAAGUGGAAGCCAACAUCUGCGUUACCAUGGAGAUGGUGAAAGAUGCCUUGGACCAGCUUCGAGGUGCGGUGAUGAUCGUCUACCCCAUGGGGUUGCCACCAUACGAUCCCAUCCGGAUGGAAUUUGAAAAUAAAGAAGAUCUGUCGGGAACUCAGGCAGGACUGAGUGUCAUCAAAGAAUCAGAGGCACAGCUGUGGUGGGCAGCCAAGGAGUUAAGAAGAACGAAGAAGCUUUCAGACUACGUGGGGAAAAAUGAAAAAACCAAAAUCAUCGUCAAGAUUCAGCAAAGGGGACAAGGAGCUCCAGCCCGCGAACCCAUCAUUAGCAGUGAGGAGCAGAAGCAGCUGAUGCUGUAUUAUCACAGAAGACAAGAGGAGCUCAAGAAACUGGAAGAAAAUGACGAUGACUCCUGCCUAAAUUCUCCGUGGGCAGAUAACACCGCUUUGAAAAGACAUUUUCAUGGCGUCAAAGACAUCAAGUGGAGACCAAGAUGAAGAGCUGAUGAAGCGCUCCAAACUAUGAGCUCGCUUUUCUUUAGGCAAAUAGCAGUAAUAAUAAAUAGUAACAAGAGGACAUCCGCAAUCCUCUGUAAAAGAUGUUGACAUU